AUGGCCCGGCCCAACAGAGAGAUUCUUACCGGGGGAAAGAAGUAUGCGCAGAAGAAGAAGCAGACCAACCGCGUGGAGGAGGUGGUUUUUGACAAGGAUUCGCGGGUGGAGUACUUGACCGGGUUCCACAAGCGGAAGCUGCAGCGGAAAAAGAAGGCCCAGGAGUACAACCAGGAGCAGGAGCGCCAGGCGCGGCUGGAGGAGCGCAAACGGAUCCGCGAGGAGCGCCAGCAGCAGGUGCAGAAGCGGCUGCGCGAGCUGAACGAGUCGCUCAAGCUGCAGGUGUCGAGCGAGUCGGAGGAGAGCGAGAGUGAGUCUGAGGAAGAGGAGCAGUGGUCUGGGUUCAAGGAGUCGCAAGAGACCGACGCUGAACCGCGCGAAAAGAAAGGGAUACUGAAACAGACGUUCAACGCGGACGACGACGACGCGCCCGUGCCGGGGGUCACCACGGUGACGGUCGAGAGCAUAGACAACCCGAACCAGGUGGAUCUGAUGGAGCUGGCCCGCAAAAACCACGUCGACCUGGACAAGUCGCAGCAGGUGCUGGGCCAGUCGAUCGAGCGCGCCAAGAAGUACGCGCGGCUCGUGGGUGCCGACCAGAAACCCAAGCCGCGCAAGAAGAAGUUCCGGUACCUCAGCAAGGUGGAGAGAAAGAUCAACAGCAUCAAGGAGCGCAGAAAGUAG